AUGUUGACCCAGACCAAUUCUUUCCGGAAUCCCUUUGAAUUGAUUGAUGAAAUGAUUGGGGAUGUCGAAGUCAAUGUCGUCAACAAAUUUGCCCAGCGAUAUGCUGAGGUGAAGCAAGACUUGCAAGAUGGAUGGAAUGAUCCCAUCUUGCACGACAGACUUCAUUAUUUUGGAACAUCAACCCCGACAAAGGAUGAGGAUGGAUACCUUCCGUCACAACUCGAAUUGCAAAAGCGCAAGGAAAUUCGAUCACUGGAGUAUUCCUUGAGGUCCUCAGGUGCCGAACGCUUUCUACAGCGACUAAAUGGGGCCACUCAAUCCUUGUCAGCCGAAGAAUUCUUAAAAUACUGCGAGGGACAACCCGAAUUGAAAGAAUUGACCUUAAAGAAGGAGUUGACUCGAAUGCAAUACACACUAUACACACCAGAUGGCAUCAAAUUAACGGAUUCAAAGGAAAUUGCCAGCUACAUUGAGAAUGAAUCAUCUGAACUAUCACAACAACACGAAUUGCUUUAUCGCGCCAGCAAUCAAACCAUCUUUGCUGAUAUUAUUGUGGCCUUGACAUCUUUUAAUGGUCUCAUUCGACCCCAGCUUUCCGCUGGGACUUUUGUCAAUGAUUCUUCUCUGAUACUGGACCUGUCAAGUUCCCAACCACAUGUCAGAGGCGAAUGCUUUUUGAAUGUUUCGAUACCCGAUGGCCACAAUAGUCAAUUGUCACUCGCCGGAGCCUUGAUUGAAGUCUGUUUGUGUCCCGCUCGUAACGAAUUCCAGGCCAAAGUCUUGUACCUCAGUCCAUGUGGCGAGGAACCUCUAGCAGAACAGCAAGUCAAGGAUGCGGCCAAGUCCUUGGCCGAGAUUGCCAGCAUGUAG